UGUCAGAUAGAAGUGUCAGAAGAAUCAGAAUUGUUUGUUUUGUCAUAUUUUUUUUGUGCCGCCGAUACUGACCGGUAAUUUAUUACCUAGUUUCUCAAUCAAACUAAAUAAGAUUUUUUUAUUUUAAAGCAAGAAAAUUUUAUAUGUACAGGAAGAAAUCACAUGAGCUUGGAGUAUUAUAAUCCUAUUAAGUAGUAGGUAAUUUACAGCAGCGUUGUAGAACAUCAAGGCAGAUUUUGGAACAUAUAAAAGUACUGUGGGGCGCUUAAUUACAAACAAAUGGAAUCAUUAAAAACUAUGAAGGACCUGGGUUACGCUUUUAAUUCCGCUGGACAGCUCAGGAAAGUAGAUUCAGAUGGCUUACCAACUGAUGAGCCAUUCCAGUUUAGUGUGAGUGACCAGCACCAAGAAUGCCAGGCACAUUAUGAGAAGCUUGGCGAUGCCAUCACUAACUACAUUUACCAUUUAUUGGAAACCCAAGAGAAUCUGAUGAGGUUACCGGUUCCCGUAGGGUCAUCUCAAGGGACAUUCAUAUUUGUCACAAAAGACUAUGAUAAAAAGGAUGUAUUAAUGAUACUGAUAAAUGGUUCAGGUGCUGUAAGGGCAGGGCAAUGGGCUAGGUCGCUCAUCAUCAAUGACUGUCUAGAUAUGGGCACUCAAAUCCCAUAUAUCAAGAAAGCACAUGCUAAAGGUUUUGGAGUCAUGGUUUUGAAUACAAAUGACAAUUGUUUACCAAAUGGCAAGAAAAUUCCACAGAGCAGCACAGCAGAAGAGCAUGCUUCUUAUGUCUGGGAUAAUUAUAUUGUGAAAGCAAAAGCUGAAUCUGUGGUUAUUGUCGCCCACAGUUAUGGCGGGGUUGUGACCCUUGCCCUGGCUGACCGAUUAAAAAAUAAGUUUGACGAACGAGUGAAAGCUAUAGCAUUUACAGACUCUGUGCAUUCAUUUUCAAAUAUUAAAAUGUCUGAACAUUUCAAAGAGGUGUCUCGAAACUGGAUUUCUUCAUCAGCGCCUAUAGAUACUCCAAUGAACACCCCAGACUUUGACUGCUCCAGAGUCUCAGCAGGGCAUCCAAAACAUGAGAUGACAUCUUAUGCCUGCAUGGACUCUGUCUUUAAAUUUAUAGAAGAGAAGCUUACAAAAGUGUAGAACUGUUAUAGUUUGUUGUUGUUAUUAUUAUAAUGGAAUGUAAAUCAUAC